CCGGGCGGUGCGGGGCGGCCGAGAGGGACCAUGUCCACCCGGCGCCUGCGCAGCGAGGACUACAAUGACUACAGCUCCACAGAUGUCACACCAGAGGGGAGCCCUCCUGAUGGCAUGAAUGGCUUUGCCCACCCCGAGUCCUACCAGCGCUUCGGGGAGACCAAUGGCACAACGUGGUACCAGACCCUGAUCCAUCUGCUGAAGGGGAAUAUUGGGACGGGGCUGCUGGGGCUGCCCCUGGCUGUGAAGAAUGCCGGCAUCCUGCUGGGUCCUCUGAGCCUUCUGGUGAUGGGAGUCGUGGCUGUGCACUGCAUGGGCAUCCUGGUGAAAUGUGCCCAUCACUUCUGCAACAGGUUCCAGAAGCAGUUUCUGGACUACGGAGGUGCUGUGAUGUAUGGGCUGGAGGCAACUCCCAGUGCCUGCCUGAGGACACAUGCCAUCUGGGGAAGGCGUGUAGUGGGACUUUUCCUGAUCAUCACCCAGCUGGGUUUCUGCUGCGUGUACUUUGUCUUUCUGGCGGACAAUCUAAAACAGGUUGUGUCUGCUGCAAAUGGGACCACCAAUGACUGCAGCUCAAACAGGACGGUGGUGAUGACCCCAACCAUGGACUCCCGCCUGUAUAUGCUUUCCAUCCUGCCUUUCGUGGUGCUGCUCACAUUUAUCCAGAACCUCAAAGUCCUGUCCAUCUUCUCCAUGCUGGCCAACGUGGCCAUGCUUGUCAGCCUUGUUGUGAUCUACCAGUACAUUGUCAGGGACAUUCCUGAUCCCAGAAACCUGCCUCUAGCAGCAGCCUGGAAGACCUACCCUCUGUUCUUUGGCACUGCAAUCUUUGCUUUUGAAGGCAUCGGCGUGGUGCUGCCUCUGGAAAACAAGAUGAAGAAUCCACGGCAGUUCCCAGUCAUCCUCUACGUGGGGAUGACCAUUGUCACCAUCCUGUACAUCAGCCUGAGUGUCCUGGGGUACCUGCGCUUCGGGGCAGACAUUCAGGCCAGCAUAACACUCAACCUGCCCAACUGCUGGCUGUACCAAGCUGUCAAGCUGCUCUUCUCCUUUGGGAUUUUCUUCACCUACGCCGUGCAGUUCUAUGUGCCUGCCGAGAUCAUCAUCCCUCCCCUUGUGGCCCGGGUGUCAGAGCGCUGGGGCUGGCUGGUCAACCUGCUUCUCAGGAUGGCCCUAGUCUGUGUGACCUGCGUACUGGCCAUCCUCAUCCCGCGCCUGGACCUCGUCAUCUCCCUGGUGGGCUCUGUCAGCAGCAGCGCCCUGGCUCUCAUCUUCCCCCCGCUGCUGGAGAUUGCCACCUACUACUCCGAGGGCAUGCACCCCCUCGUCAUUGCCAAGGACAUCGCCAUCAGCCUCUUUGGCUUUGUGGGCUUCGUGGUGGGCACGUACGAGGCGCUGGUGGAGCUGGUGGCACCCUCGGCCACCGUGGUGAACGCCACCACUGUCCUGGUGCAGUGACCAUGCCCUGGCCCCGCCGGAUGCUGAGCUGGGGUGCAUGGACACCAGGCACUGCUUUCCUGGGAAUGGCCUCCCCUCUCUCUCCUCUUGGGAAGCUGGCAGUUUGGUGUGUGAGGGGAUGGGGCUGCCCAGCACCGCACCCACCUGGCUACAGCAGGAUCCUGCCCUGGGCUCCGGCUGGAAGGUGGGAUCCAGCCUGGGGCAGUGCCUUCCCUCAGGGCUCUUAGGGCACGUGAUAGAGCAGAACAGUUCCUCUGUAAAUAGGCACUUUGAGAGGUGAGGAAUCCCAGGGAUGUAGAUUUUAUUUUAUUUUAUUAUUUUUUUAAAACCCAACCUUUCCAUAUUUCCCCUGUCCCUUCAGUCAGGGUGGGGAACAGGGACUACUCUUUUUUGUGCCAGUUUGAUUUUUUUUUUUCUUUGAGCACUUUAUUUUUACAGCAACAGGCAAACCUCAGCUCAGGUGAGCGUUCAGCUCCCUCCUCAGCCUUUUGGGGAGGGUGGGCAGAGCCUGGGGUGUGGAGCAUGCUGGGGCCCACAGCUCUCUCUCAGUGGGAUCCCCAGCCAUGGGUACUGGCUCCUGCAGUGCUUCAGCUGUGUUUCCAGCUGUCUUGAGCAGGAAGUCUGAACAGGCCCUUGAGCUGGGCACUGGGAAUGGUACCUCCCUGGCCUGGGAGAGUUUGCUGACCCCUGGCCCAUGCUUUCAGUAGUGGCACUUCUUUAUCCCCAUCCAGCGCACAACCCAAUACUUGGCUUUCAUAAGCUUUACAGAACCGAGGUGUGUGGGGUAUGGCUCUGCCAUAAUGGGGGGCUGAGCUGGUCCCCUUUGGGUGGGAUGGGGUGUCCCCAGGGGUCACCACAUGCUGCCCACAUGCCACAAGAAUACAUCACCUUGUUUACAGUGCCUGAGCUGGCCCUGGCACGCUCCACCUGCAUCUGCAGGUCGAUACUGAAUGUCAAAUCACACGCAAAAACUCCGUAAUAUUUCUGUUUUUAACCCCCUCCUGGUUCCACUCCCUCUGCAUCCUCUGCUUCUGCCCAGCUCCUCUCCUCCCAUAGGAUGCAGCUCCCUGGCACUUCUCCCUGUGCUCCUGUUGCUUCUUUUGUUGUGGCUGGUGCAUGCCUGGUGGGGAUGGUCAUGUGGCACUGCUGCUUUCCUUUCUCUGAGAGCCCAGCUUCCUUCCUAGAGAGUUUCCUUGCCUUUCUGCUGGAUUUCUACUUUUUUAAAACAAGGGAGAAAAUGCAUCCUCCACAGGACAGGCUGAACUCCUGCCUGCUAACACAGCAUCUCCCAAAUGCUGGCUCUCUUUGGAGAGCCUUCAUCCCUCAUACCACUGUAGGCAUGUCUCCUUGGUGGUGGGCAAAGGCUUCUGGUAGUGGGAAAGGAGGGCGAGUAAACCACCAGUGGGCUGUGUUCCCGUUAUUUGGUGGAGGGUGAGAUUUGUGAUCAUUUUUGGUGUUUGACCAGGUUCUGUGAGGAGAAGGCUGUGUGGAACAUGUCCCUGCGGCCUGCCUCUCCCUGGGUGGUGCUUGUGUCUGUACUGUGUCCCUUUGCUGGCAGUUCUGGGUGCCACAUGCAGGUAUGUGGACCUAUGGCCAGGCAUGGGGUGGAUCUGUGCCAUGUCACUGCCCUUUUCCAGCCCCUCUUCUGCUCCCUGCAUCUCUUGGGGCUCACCUUGUCUCCUCCAAGGCUGUGCUAGGAAAGGUUUUAACAGGACCAGCAUUGCUUGGUCAGGAGCAGAGCGAAGCUUUAACUCAAAUCCUCCCUCUGGAGGGCACCAUGGGGAUAGAGAGGCAGCACCCAGGGCUGGGGAGGGGCUCCAGGGCAUGACAUAGGCGGGACAAGUGCAAUAUUCCUGUCCAUUUCUGUGUACUGACCCCAGCGUGGCCCUUGGGGUUGGGUUUGAGUCAGAAUUGUCAAGCAGAGGAGGGAGUGCUGUGAGGAGCAGGCGAUGUCUGAUGCUUCCCCUUGCCCUGCUAGUAGUGCACUCUAAGAAGGCUGGCCACAUUUUAGGGACAGCUGUGUGCCAAGGCAUGUCCCCGGCCUUGCACUGGGCAUCAGUGGGUUUGCUGAUGAGGCUCCUGGCAUCCAAACUCACUCUGCAAGCAGCAGUGAAGACCUCAUUUCUAAGGGGGCUGGGAUAUCACACAAGCAUUAAAUGGGUUUUGCAACUCUUCCCUUUUAUUGGGGUGAACAGAGGUGUUUGAAGAUGGGGCAGAUGUGCUUGUGGCACAUGUGGUGUGAGAGGCUCUGCUGAGCCAGGGGGAGCUGCCGCAGGACCCGAUGGACACGAAAAAUUGACACUUGUAUAUUGUAGGCUGCUCAGUAACUAAGAAACUUGUCUGUGUAAAUAUAGCAAUGGUCACGUUCAUGUCUCGUGCCUAUGGAUAUUGUCAGCGUACAGCAUGGGUGGCUGCCCAGCAGCAGAGCUGGUGCUGCACCUGAAUCAUGUAUCUUACUUUAAUCAAUAAAUAUGAUCUAUUUUUUAUGUGU